AUGCUCGAAGAGACAUCUGAUGAUCAUCAGGAAGUCAGAGCUCGCCAUCACAAGACUAAAUUCUCAAGGGAAGAUGAUUUGAAAUUAAUUGAACUGAUAAAACUUUACGGAGACCACAAUUGGAAGCGAGUUGCAAUGUAUAUGGAAAAUAAGAAAACAAGACAAUGCCGUGAAAGAUACAUGAAUUAUUUAUCGCCAUCCUUGUCAAAUGGACCAUGGACUCAGUAUGAAGAUAAAUUGCUCAUAGAUAAAGUGAAAAUAAUUGGGCAAAGAUGGUCACAAAUAGUUGCAUUUUUCCCAACAAGAUCAGAGGUUAAUAUUAAAAACAGAUAUGCCUUAUUGGUCAGCAAAGGUAAAGCUGUUUCUUAUAAAACAAGCAAGCAGGCAAUGUCAAGGUCAAAGCAUAAACAAGAAUUUGAGCAAUACUCUGAAAGUAGCCCUGUUGUAAAGCCAGUUGAACAAAAGCCACAAUAUGAGAACCAUCCAAGUCUCAAUAUUACUACAGAGAAGCAAUGCACAGAAGAACUUUCCUGUUUUAUGCCAGAAUUAGAUGCUAUGACAUCCGAAUUUAUUGAUAUCUUUGAUUUGUAA